GAGAAAAUGGAGAGGCAGCCAUUGAUGCUCAUAUUCCUUACUUGAACUACCCGAUAUGAUUUCUCCUCUCAUUCCCACAUGAUUUCUCAUAUUGCUGCUUACAACGCCAGCAUCGUUGUCUCCCCAAUUCUCACCGUCAGCCACCAUGAGAUCCCCCCAGGCCCUCCGUAACGGCGGCGACACCCGCUCUCCCACCCCCGGUUUCCACUCCACUGUGGCCGAACGCAAACUGCGUCGUUUCAACUCCCUCAUCCUCGUCUUCCGCCUCACCUCCUUCUCCUUCUCCUUCGCCGCCUUCGUCUUCAUGCUCACCAACACUCGCGGCUCCGAUUCUCCUCACUGGUACGACUUCGACACCUUCAGGUACCCCGACCCUACUUCUGCUACCGAAAAUAACAAGGUUCCUAAUAUAAUCCUAAUUCAUAACCCAACCUUAGCAAGCUACUUCCCUACUUCAAUUUUCAGUAUUGUUUGGCUUCAAUCCCAAAACUUAUUGAGAAUGCGAAUUUUUAAGCGAAGACUUGCUUGUGCAUUCGUUAAUUUUGUGAAUGAAACCACAAAAUAUGCAGUAACAAAGAGCUUAGAAAUGAGGGAACUAAUGAAUUUAGUUGAAAAAACUUACAGAUUCGUACUUGCUGCGAAUGCUAUUGUGGCCGUGUACUGUGUGUUCGAAAUGGGAGCGUCUGUGUGGGAAAUCUCCAGAGGAGUUACGAUUUUCCCCGAAGUUCUUCAAGUCUGGUUCGACUUCGGCCAUGACCAGGUAUUCGCGUACCUAUUGCUCGCGGCGAGUGCUGCGGGGACGUCGAUGGCCAGAAGGCUGAGACUAACGGACACGUGUACGGCUAGCAACGCGUUCUGUGUGCAAGCAGACAUCGCGAUAUCCCUGGGAUACGCGGCUUUUUUGUUCCUAGGGUUCACGUCCUUGCUCUCCGGCUUCCGGGUCGUUUGUUUCAUAAUCAACGGUUCACGUUUUCAUCUCUGACAUUAUUUUUCAGGCUGCGUAAUCCGCCGAACGGCGUCGUUCCACAAGGAGGAAUUUGUUCGGUGGGUCCAGCCCGAUGCUUUUACUGUAUAGUGUGCCUACCAUGUACGCUGUGAUUUGCUGGGAAGAAAGCGAUAGUUAGGUUAGAGCAGUGAAAAUGUUCUU